CAAGCUGCGGACGUCCAACGGUACUUCCUACAUCCGAGUGCAGCGCGAGCGUUACUCCUCCUUAUCGCGUGUCAACCGUCUCCUGUCCUCCGAAGUAGGGAGUUUGCCACGAGCGUCCCGUUCGACUGCCGUUCACCGGACGCGCCUCCUGCACCACUCAAUGGGGCAGCGGAGCGCAUCAGAGCGUGCACUUCACGGACGGAGCAGCGCCUAGCGACGCCUGGACCAUCCGAGACACGAGGGACUGGCAUCGCUUUAGCAGAAAUGAGCGGCGGAGAAAUUAUCUGCCAAGGAUGGUUAAGAAAGUCGCCACCGGAGAAGAAACUUAGAAGAUAUGCCUGGAAGAAGCGCUGGUUUAUCCUGCGCAGUGGGCGGAUGAGUGGAGACCCAGAUGUUCUGGAGUACUACAAGAAUGACCACGCCAAAAAGCCCAUCCGCAUCAUUGACCUCCACUGCUGUGAGCAGGUGGACGCUGGCCUCACAUUCAAACGCAAAGAGUUCCAGGACAGCUUUGUGUUCGAUAUCAAAACAGCUGAAAGAACCUUCUAUCUAGUAGCAGAGACAGAAGAGGACAUGAACCGCUGGGUUUGUUCCAUCUGCCAGCUCUGUGGAUUCAACCAGUCUGAGGACAACCGCGAUGAGAGGCCAACCACUACCCACAUAUCCCGUGCCAUGGCUGGUGACCUUAGCAGCUCUCUAGUUCCACUGGCUGGUGAACGCAAGUCUACUGUGCCCUCUCACUCCAGCCAACCAAUGCUGUUCACCUUCGACAUGCCUGUACGCCACUCCCAUGGCAACCUUUCCCAUGGCAAUCUCUCCAACAGUGCCCCACAGGACUACCUCCUUCUUCACCAGUGCAUGAGCCGGAAGAGCGAGAGCACUCGGAGUUCCAGCUUCUCCCAGGUGUCACGGGGGAGCCUGCUGGUCGGAAGUGACUCGGCAGUUCAGCGCCUUACUCACGGUUUCUCCCAGUGUCUAAAUGGGACAGGUUCUACACUGCAUGGCUCCAGCCUGUCCCAGCCUAGCCAGCAGCAGCCUCUGGGCUCCCCCAGAGAUGCCCGUCACAUCCUGCCCCGUGCUCACAGCUCCGAGGAGCCUUCUGAGCUUGAAGCUGAGGAAAGCUACACCUACAAGAUGCCCUGUAAUGCCCUGGCCUCCUCACACUUGAGCGAACAGCGACCUCCAGACAACUAUACCACACCUGUCUCGUUCUACCAGAUCCCCCGCACAUUCGAUAGGAACCACAAUGCCCUGACACCAUCCACUGCAGACCUGACCAGUGUACCUCCACCCAGGCCACCAAAACCCAGCCAAAGCUCAGACACACACUGGGGCAGUCCCCAGUCUCUUGGGGGGCAGAAUGGAGAAGUGACCACUGUGUCUGUAAUCCCAAGGAGGAACACACUACCAGCUGUGGAGAACAUUAGACUUCACAGAGGAUCAUCGUUUGAGACCAGCGGUCAGCAGCGUCCAGUCUAUUUCAAUAACUCUGGUCAGAUUGUUGAGUCGGUCAAUGAUGGCUUCAGCUCCUACCUGAGAGCAAAAGGUCCGCUGGCCCGGUCAGAUAGCGGUGAUUCUGAGGAUAACUACGUUCCUAUGAAUGCGGGCUCAUCCUCCUCCCCUCUCAGUGCUGCCCUGGCAGACAGCCCCAAGAACAACUAUAUUCCCAUGAGUCCUGGCCCACACCACUUUGAUUUCCCAGGAUUCUCUGCCACACUGCCAGCUAGGAAAGGCAGCACAGCCUCCUUGUGCUACCGACCAGGCCGCCUGAGUGAUGUCACACCACCACCAAUUAACCGCAACCUUAAACCCAACAGAAAAGCAAAGCCAACACCUCUGGACUUGAGAAAUAAUGGCAUCAUUGACGAGCUUCCUUUUAAGAGUCCUGUUACAUUGUCAUGGAUCAGACCUGUGCCCGCUAUUUCCUCACAGCACUGUCGGCCGGUCUCCACCCAGAGCAUCACCAGCACAGACUCUGCCGACAGCGAGGAAAACUACGUGGCAAUGCAAAAUCCAGCAUCUACCUCUCCAGUAGUGAGUGGCACCAGCAGCCCAGCACCCAGGAAAUGUGGCAACGUGGAUUACCUGGCUUUGGAUUUCCAGCCGAGUUCGCCUGGUCCACACAGAAAGCCUUCCACAUCUUCAGCCACGUCAGAUGAGAAGGUGGACUAUGUGCAGGUGGACAAGGAGAAAACGCAGGCCCUGCAGAGCACCAUGCAGGAGUGGACCGAUGUGCGGCAGUCAAGCGAGACUACCAAAGCCGUCAAGUCAUGACUCAGUGCUAAUGUACUAACGUGCUAAUGUGCGGAUGCUGGCAGCACAACACACUGGAUGACGCUCAUCACCUCCUCCUCCUCUGUCAGACUGGUGUGCCAGAUAUUUGAGACAACUCAACAUUGAGCAGAUCAUUUCACUUGUACAGAUCUUACCAAAUGGAACCCAAAGCCAUAAAAAUACCUAUUAUGAGCAGAAAAAAUGCUAUUAAUAACAUCCAUCAAAGACCUGCCUCACCAAAUAACUGGCAUGUCUAUUUAUCUUAUUUGAGUAAAUCUGUGGGGGGAAAAAGGCCAGAUAUAUGCCUUCCUUGAGCUGGUGUCCUAUUUUGAAGAAAACUAACCUUUUUGUGCUGUAAUCUUUACUGACCAAUGAGUGUUGCAGAAUAUUUGAAGAACUGUGUUCUUCUCAGAGGAAUACCUUUAUUUUCUUUGGGAGAUGCAGGUACAAAUACAUUUCCAGUAUUUCCUGUUUGCAGAGUCAUGAGAGCCAUGCUGAAUGAUACUGAGCCAUCGGUAAUGCCUUACAACAACCUGCUUCUCACUCUCAGUUAAUAUUCAGUUCAAUCUCAGUUCACUCUGUUCAUUCUCAGCGUUUAUUGUGCAGCUCCGUGGAAAUUGGCAACUAAUGCUUUACAUACUAGGACAUUAAGACUAUCUCCUAUUAAGGAGCAUGUGUUGGUGGUUUGCUACUGUGAAAUUCUCCAAAUAACCACUAACUAUAAAAAUGCUUCAUUAUACAGGUAAGUUAGUUCAGGUUCACAUGUGUUUGUUUAAUUUUUAGGGUGGACUCAAGAUUGGAAACCUUCAUAAUUGCAGUUACAGUUUGCGUAUUUACGGCAGUGUGGAAGAGGUGAUCACUUGUCAGGACUUGCGUUACAGAAUUGCAAGAGAAUGAAGACAUGGUGCCAAUUAUUUAUAAUUCCUGUAUUAGUAUUACAAUGCAUCCUCUUUGGAAACUUAUUUGCAUUCUAUUUGUUUUACAUUUUCUUUAGAAACCCUGCAUGCAGUUCCUAUUUUAAAAUUACUGUCAUAAAAAGUCUUCAAGUUUUAUUAGUGAUUUUCUUUUUUGUGCUUUGACUACAGUCAAUAUCUAUAGUUACAUAUAACGUAAACAGUCAGUAUAGAAAAAUGUUAUUUUAGUCAGGUUUCAUUUUUAAUGGUAGGCUGGGACCUCCAAAAUAUAUUUGUGUUGCUGUUUAAGAACAGGUAAUGUCUUGAAACAUCAUUUAUGUUUUUGAACAUUUUGUUAUGUAAUCAUGAUAUUCACAAGCCAUUUUCUAUUUAUUAUUUGUUAGAAUUAUUCGUACUUGUUGAAUAUUCUGAUGGUUUCUGAUGGUUUCAGCUCCUCACACUUGUGUAUAGAUCAAAACAUUUUGUCAGUAAGGAUUACCAUUCUACACACUUGUAAAGUUUAUGUUCUAAACUUUGGUAAUAACUUUUGGGGAUAACUUUCUAUAGUAUCGUUGCACUGGUAUCAUUCUUGAUGGUUGAUCUGUGAUUCUGCUGAACGACUGAAUGACUGAAAUUGGUCAUCUCCAUACCUUUGUCUAUAAUGAAAAUCCAACCUAAUGUCUUGUCCUGGGAGAGUACUUGUAAGUGAACUGAAUAUCUGUGUUGUAGUAGAGUGUGCUAUAGUGUACUGAAAGACUUGUUGACCAUUCUAAAAAAGUUCGUUUGACUCAAUUCACUUUUAAGUAAUGUACACCUUAUAUUAUUUCUACUGUAAAGCAUUUCUAUUCUACUGCUUGUGAAUUAAUUUAUUAAUUUAUUAUGUGUGUUCACCAAAAAUGUGCAAGAAUGACAAUGUGUGGCUCUACUAACAUUAAUUUAUGCUAUAUGUCUUGAUUUUGUGAAGCAAUAUGCCAAGUAAAGCCAGUAAAAAUGUGGUACGUUUGGGAUGCACAAAAACAUUUUGUUAUUCCGUGAUGUUAUAUACUCGAUAUGUUGACAAAAAUAAACUGCAGUGCAAGCUAAA